AUUGUAUUCUAAAUUUCAAAUUACAGUCAUUUCCUGAACUGCCGAUAGACAAAAUGAAAUCGACAAGACAGAUGAGCCAUGAAGUUAAUCCAGCGGACAUUAUUCCGGGAAGUGUACUUAAUAUUGAAGAGUUGCUUGGCAGUGAAUCGAGAAACAUAUCCGUGAAAAAUGUAUUAAUUGAAAAAAAUAACUACGCAACAGCACCAUUUGUGGCUUCAAAUUAUGAAAACUGCUUUAAGAAGAAUCAAAAAGGAGGUUUGAAUUUUGAAGCUGGCGAGUACAAUUAUUUUGAAGAACGAAUGAGGAUCCAAAAUUAUGGAGUUGACCAGGAAUAUGCUACUGAAAAUUUUACAUGUUCAAAAAUAAUUAUUUGUUCUGAGCUCAGAAAGCAAGACUUGUAUUUUCCUCCACUCAAAAUAGUAAAGCUUAAUGAGAAAUCGAAAGAUAAUAUGAAGAAUAACGUUUUUGAGAAUGAGACUAUUAUGUUGUUAUUUGCCGACAGAAAUGAAACACAUUACGUAACACAUACAAAAAAAGGCGAUUGCUUAUUACAGGUGUUGAUAUAUCCGGUGGAACUUUCGUAUUUUACAGAUAAUUCAGGAAUCGAAGUAAAAACUAUUCAUAAGAGCAGAAUAUUAUCGGCGACUAACAACGAUACUCUCGAAAGAUGGGCAGAAACUGUGACUCAAAAUGAUCUGAAGAGCAUCGUAAGUGAAAAAAAUAACGCCAUAAUUUCGGCAAUUUUCGAGAAGCUACAUCACAACGAUUCAACAAACCAAGCUUUAAUAAGUCUCUUUUUGAAUGAGUUGUAUUAA